AUGGGUGGUAUCGGCAAGACCACGCUUGCCGAUGCUGUAUAUCAUGGACUCUCUUCUAAAUUCGAAGCUCACUGUUUUCUUGCAAAUGUUAGGGAAGAAUCUGGCUCCAGCGUACCAAAGUCCUUUCUUGAUGAUGUGAAUGAUUCGGUCCAAUUAGAAUUUUUAGCCGGAGAUCAAGUUCCAUUUGGCCCAGGAAGUAGAAUAAUUAUAACAACUCGAGAUACGCAACCAGUUAAGGAGACUCUACUAGUGAAAAAAGACCAUGAUGUUAAGAUAUACAAGGUGGAGGAAUUAAAUGGUGUUGAAUCUCUUCAGCUCUUCCGUUCAAAUGCUGACACACAUUCUACAGAAAAUUCAGAAAUUUUAGAGCAGGUGGUAGAUUAUGCUGCAGGCAUUCCAUUAGCCCUUAACAUUUUGCGUUCACUCCUUCGGUCCAAGAGCAAAGAAGAACAGGAGCUGUUGUGGGAAAAAUUGAAAAAGUUUCCCAACGAAAAACUUCAGAAAGUGUACAGAGCAAGUUAUGAUGGAUUAGAAAGAAAUGAGAGGGAGAUAUUCCUUGAUAUUGCAUGUUUUCACAAAAGGGUGAAACUUAGUGAAUCAAAAAGAGUUUUAGCUGCCUGUGGUUUAUUUCCGGAUGAUGGAAUUGGAAUUCUCAUCGAUAUGUCUCUCAUAUCAAUUAAAGACAACUGCAUAUGGAUGCACGAUGUGAUUCAAGAAAUGGGUUGGGAGAUUGUCCGCCAAGAAAGUACUCAAAACCCGAGAGAGCGCAGUAGGUUGCACAGUGAUGAGGAUGUCCGUCAUGUAUUGAAAAGGAAUAUGGGAACUACCAGAGUACAAAGCAUUUCCAGCAUAAAUUGUGCUUACAGAAUCAUAAUGUUGGAUCCUCAAGCUUUCACAGGGAUGCAUAACUUGAGAUUCCUUGUGCUUGAUAAACAUAUGCAUCUUGAUGACAAGGCAAAUUUAGAGUAUCUGCCCGGUGUCCUUCAAUUUCUACGUUGGGUUCACUACCCUUUGAAAUCUUUGCCAUCAAAGUUUUCUCCAGACAAUCUUGUUGAGCUUCAUAUGCCCUUGAGCAAACUCAAGAGACUUUGGGAAAAAGGCCAGAUUCCUAAGAACUUGAAAAGGAUCGAUCUUAGUUACUCCUUGGACCUAGCUGAUGUUGGAGAGCUGUCAAAUUGUGUAAACAUUGAGAGUAUAAAUCUUCGAGGCUGUACAAGUUUGGUUCAAGUUCCGGAUUUGUCAAAGUGUGUAUACAUUAAGGAUAUAGAUCUCCGAGACUGCAAAAGAUUGGUUCAAGUUCCAGACCUGGCAAAGAGUCCAAACAUUGGGAGUGUAGAUCUUUAUAGAUGUGCAGAAUUGGUUCGAGUUCCUUCAUACUUUCAAAAUUUUACCAAGCUUACUCAUCUGAAUUUGGGAUUUUGCUCGAAGAUUAGUGUUCUGCCAAAGUUACCAAGCGAGAUGGAGUUCUUAGAUUUAAGUGAUACUGCAGUAGAAGAAUUGCCUCCAUCAAUUUUUUCUCUUGAAAAACUUCUUACAUUGAAUCUUCGUUACUGUAGUUCCAUUAAGAAUCUUUCAAGCAGUCCAUGGAAGAUGAAAUCCCUCAAUCAUCUUUUGUUGAGAGGGACAAAUAUAGAAACAGUGCCCUCUUCGUCAUUCGUGUGUAUGACUGGGAUCAUUUCACUUGAGCUGAGAGAUUGUCAUCACCUUGUCAGUCUCCCAAUGGACAUUUGUAAGUUGAAAUCUCUUGAGAGACUUGAUCUCUCUGGUUGCCAUAGUUUCACAAACUUUCCGGAAAUUGCAGAGCGUAUGGAACAUCUGGAGUAUCUUAAUUUAAGUGGGACGAAAAAUGAAGAGCUGCCGUCAUCGGUUGGGAAUCUUGUUGGGCUCAAGACAUUAGAUUUAACUUACUGCACAAGCCUUGAAUCACUCCCAAACAGCUUCGGCAAUUUAAACAUUCUCGAGUGGUUCUCAUUUCGUGGCUGUAAGAAGCUAGAAGAAAUUCCCGAUUGCUUUACAAGCUUUCCUGCAUUGCAAGUCUUAGAUUUAAGUGAAACCAUGAUUGAGACCAUACCUCCCACCAUCAAACAAGUUUUUGGGCUCAAGUCUCUGCUACUAGAUCCGUGCGAGCGGCUUCAAUCUUUGCCAGUGCUCCCAUGUCUUCUAGAAGACUUGGAGGCACAGGGGUGCAAGAGACUUGAGACAUUGUCAGUUUCAGUGACUGCACAGACACAAGGUUUGGAUCAAAUACUUUCAGGGGAAAGGACCGAGGCCCAUUCAUUUCUUGGUUGCAAUAAUUUGGAUAACAAUUCAAGGAGUAACAUAACGGAUGAUGCACACAUCAGAAUUAUGCGAAUGGCAACUGCUUGUAAUCUUAAACGUUUAUCAUAUGGUCAUGUAGAGUUAAUGUGUCCGGGAAAUGAAAUUCCAAAAUGGUUUAGCUGUCGAACGGAGGGAUCUUCAAUGAAUAUUAAGCUUCCUCUGCAUUGGUCUGAUGACUCAAACUUCUUGGGUAUUGCUCUCUGCUCUGUUUGCUCUGUUUCUGCAACCAAUGAAGAUCUCUAUCCUCCCGGGUAUCAAUGUGAGAUGAUUCUCAAAACCAACAGUGGUGAAACCCAUACUGUCAAUUUGGGACAUACAAGGGAGUACCGGACCGAUGACCCGACCGCUGAAACAGAUCACGUGUUGGUGUGGUAUGAUACAGGCCGUGUAAUUUCAGAUGAAGCAAAAUGGUCUUCGGAAGCCUUUUUUGAGUUCUAUACAGAAGUUGAUUGUAAACGGUUAAAUGACAUGAAAAGGUGUGGGGUCUGCUUUCUGUAUGCCCAAGGCCAAGAUGAUGAUGCUCUGAAAUUUGAAGUCAUUCCCCCACAAGAAGUUAUUACUAGUUUACUACAACUAGGAGCCGCCACAGCCGCUUUGAGGAUGAAACUAGAGGAGGUCAAAUGUGGAGACACUGCGGCCGCUUUGAGGAUGAAGCUAGUGGAAGUCAAAUGUCAGGACAUCGCAGCCGCUUUGGGGAUGAAACUAGCGAAAAUCAAAUCUGGGAACACCGCUGCCGCUUUGGGGAUGAAGCUGGUGGAAAUCAAAUGUCUGGUCACUUUGAUACUGGAAGUGAAACUUAUGGUUACUAAGAUAGUGGAAGCGAACCUUUUACUUGAACAAUCUUGCAAUGGAGCUUCGAAAACCUGAAUCAAGGUUUUCAGAAUUGUCAACUGGUUUUCGCGACUACAUUUUUCUGCAUCCUGUUUGUGUUGAUUUCUAUAACAUAGAGAGCGAAACAAGUAGCUUCCCUUGACAUUUUUGUGUUUGAGAGCAGCCCUUCUUUGCUUGCAGCUCAAGACAAAGAUUUCAGGACCUUCUUUGUCUAAUCUCUUGUCCAAAGGAAUAUAUGGAGCCCAGUCUAUCUUCAAUCUCUUCAUCGGAAUUAUCUCUUCCAUUUUUCCCUCUCUUAAAACAAGUCCAAGCUCAUUGGAAGGCGGAGAAGCCGAAACAACGGCCACCAACACAGGGAUAAAAGCAACCACUUCUCUUUUAACCAUGGCCUCCUCCGUGGAGCCGAAUCGAUAAACGCUGCUGCUCUUCUUGUACAGCUUUCCUCCUUCUUCGAGUGCUUCUUCAAUAUUCGAGAAAUCCCACUUGAAAGAAUGGUAGAGUGGCGAGUCCAAAACAGACCUCGGUGUCCCAGCCGGAAAGGCAGCCUUCCAUAGACCCUCCAGGCUCUGGGGAAACUCCGAGUACUCGGCAUGUCGGGGCUUCACCUGCUUUCACAUUGGCUGAACGGCGUUUUCAACCUCUAGUUCCUUCAACGCCUUUUUCUUCAUCGCUAUUAGAAGUUGAUUAAAGACAAUUACUUGUGAUAGUCAAAGUCGAGAAAGUGAGCAGCGGCCGAACAAGAAAAUUAUUUCUGGAGGGGCCAAAAAAAUAAUAAAUAAUUAUUUAUAAAAAAUACAUAAAAUAUAUUUAUUCU